UAACCCUCGAGACCGGGAAACCAGGAUGGCAGCUGAUGGGAUGGAAGGGGCUGCAAUGUCGGCCAAUAGGAGCAACACGGUCGUUUACCUGAUCGCCGCCUGCUGUUGCUGCGCGUGUUUUGUUCUUGUCAUGCUCUUUCUCGGUGGUUUCAUUACAACGGGUCAUGACGUCAAGGAAUUGCUGACACCAGAGGAGUACGAGUUCACCGGGUGGGCGACGGUGUCUGACGUCCAUGAGUGCUCGUCGGUCGUCAGGGAUGUCUUCUUGAAAGGCGGAAACCUCGGUGACGCCGCUGUCUCCGCGCUUCUCUGCAUGGGUGUCGCGGCACCGCACCUGAUGGGCCUAGGCGGGGGAUUCCUGGCGCUCUACUAUGACGACAAAAGCGAUAAAGUCGAAGCUUUGAAUGCCCUUGGAGUGUCGCCAGCUGACGUGACCAACGUGGAUGAGAACGCAAUCAAGCGAGGAGCGAAGGCGUCGAUUGUGCCGGGAGCCGUACGAGGUUACGAGGAACUUCACAAAAAGCUCAAAGGAACUAUGAAGUGGGGAGAUCUCUUCGCCCCUGCUAUCAAGUUGGCCAAGGAAGGCUUUCCCAUCAAGAAACACUUCGCAAAAGUUCUCGCCAAGCACGCAACUGAAUUAUCAAAUACGGACAUCAAGUAUGCAUCAUAG